GAACAAACAACAAAGUGCCGCAGUCGAAGCCCCCAAUAUCAACAACAAGUCAAAAAGUUCUUCAAACAGCACUCCAAUCCCUUCCAGCAACCACAAGAAGAAGCCAACAAAUCAACCCAAAAUGGCAUCCCCAACAACCCUCCCACCCCGCUACCAAAUCCGCAAGCUCACCCUCUCCGACCUCCCCUUCGCCCACGCCAUCAUCACCCACGCCAACCUCUUCCACAACGCCGUCUGGUCUCGCCUACACGCCUCCGACGCCGUCUCCCGCUCCUACCAAGUCUUCAACACCGGGCAGUACAACACCUCCCACGGCAUCGAAUCCGGCAUGUCCUACGGCAUCUUCGACACCUAGUACCAAUACAAGCGGCCCGAGUCCGCCGCCACCCACGGCAAAGUCUACUGGGAUGAGUCAACCCCCGCUGCCUCCGGUGCUGAGCUGCUGGAACAAAUGGAUUUCCCGCUUGUGUCAGUCGCGCUAGCCUACGACCCUGUGGCUACUCCGUUUGAUAGAGUCAAAUUCCAACCUCUCUUCGACGCUUUGCCGCUGUUCGAAAAACUAGUCGGCCUGACAGAGGCCAACGACAUUCGCCCGCCGGAGGAGCGCAAACCGAAGGAAGUAGGCGAGUGUCUGUAUAGAUGCGGAACGGCGACGAGGGCGGAUUAUGAAGGGAGGGGACUGGCGAGAGCGUUGGCGGCGCAUUUGAUGGUGGAAGCCAAGAAGGCGGGGUUCAAGGCCACGCAGGUCGGGACGGUGAAUAAUCGGCUGAAUGAGAUUUGGGAGAGGGUGCCUGGCGAGGUUGGGGCUGGGGAUGGGGCUGGGGUGGAGGGGGCGAAGAGUACGGUGGUUAGUGUGGUGGAUUUGGAGAGGUAUGAGGAGGAGGUGGUGGGGAGUGAUGGGGUGGUUAGGAAGGUGAAUCCGUUUUUGGGGGCGAAGGUUUUGAGGAAGUGUAUAUAUGUUACUCUUUGAGGAAGGAGGGAAGGAAGGAAGGGGGGAAGGAAGGAAGGAGUAGGUGGGUGGAAGAUGGUGGAGUGGCUUUUGCCUGGCGGGAUGUUGCGAAGGAGAUGAGAAUUUGGGAUUUGGGAAGGAGCAACUGAUCGUGGGAUGAACCGGGCCGAAAGGCCAUGUAACACACCAGAAGCACUGGAGAGUUUGUUAGCUCGAAACCUCUCGUCAAGUGGCCUGGAUUUUUUUGGCAUUUAGUUUCUCGAUGAUAGGAGCCUGAAUACUAUGUCUGCCCAGAUAUCGCUGAUAACUUGUCUUCGGUUCACUUCGAGGCAUUCCAAGGCAGGCUUCCGGCAUUCAGGAUGGGUUGGGAUAGGUCUCAUUUGGACUAUCAGGCU